CCCUGAGCAAACGGAUCUUCAAUAUGCAAUCGGGUUAUAUAUUGCGAGUUCUUUUGGCGACUGCCUCUCUUUACAGUUGCCUCGGGCCUGUCGCGUGUCUAUAUGAGGCUACAAUAAUGGAAUUUUUGGAAGAGUUGCGUAUGCGUAUGUGCCACCCGAUACCCAAUUUGGGCUUACCUGCAUUGGAUCCACUUGAGCUAGGUCCUGCCGAGACAGCUGUGAAUAACCAAUAUCUUAUCGACUUUUCGGGCUCGAUUAACGACUUUCAACUUAAAGGACUUUCCGAUUUCGUUUUAAAUACCCUGAAAAUUAAUGCUGUUCCUGGUAUACGAAGCACAUUUAAUAUCACUUUUCCAUACACCUAUUUCAAAUCUCUUUACACUGCUAAAGGUUCCUUGGCAUAUAUUCUAAAUUUAGCUGGCGACGGCAAUGCAGAAGCAUCAGCGACGAACUUUUCUUUUAUAAUGUCAUGGAAAUUAAAACUUGCGACCACUUUGGCCAUCACAGACUUACAAAUUGAAAUACUUUUGGGAGAUUUAAAAAUGUAUUUCCAAAAUUUAAUGGAGGAAGAGCGAAUUGAUAAUUUUAUACAUAAUCUUAUUAAUGAAAUGGGGGUCGAGCUAUUGGGUGAUGUUUGGAAAUAUGAGCAAACUAAAGUAGUUGCAAUUCUCGAAACGGUGAUCAAUAGAAAACUUCCGGCACUCCUACAAAGUAUUAUUGGAGGCGGCGGAGGUGGGGAAAAGCCACCGAUUUUUGAAGGCGUGGAACCAGAUUGUAAACUCGUUAACUUGUAAA